CCGCGCGGGAUGGCGCUGGAGCCCGCGGGGCCGGCGCAGCUGGUGCGCUGCGGGCAGAAGGACGAGCUGUACCGGAGCGGGCUGCGGAGCGGGGCCGGCACCGCGCUGCACGGGCUCGCAGGUGCCAAGAAGUGGCUGGAAUGGAGGAAAGAGAUUGAACUGCUUUCUGAUGUCGCCUACUUCGUCCUUACCACCUUGUCAGGUUAUCAGACUCUGGGUGAAGAAUAUGUUAACAUUGUUCAAGUUGACUCAACCAAGAAAAGGGUACCUUCUUUUCUUCGACGGGCCAUCUUCGUUUCUCUGCAUACUGUAGUACCCUAUUGCUUAGAAAAGGGAUUACUGCAUCUGGAACACGAGUUGCAGAUAGCAGCUGACGAGUCCAGAACCUUGCAGAGCAACCCAGCACUUGGCUUAUCCAGUAGGACCUUAAUACGAAACUGGAUACAGAAACAAGUUGGGGAGCUUACAGAACAGCAGAAGAAAACAGUCUUACAAAUUGUGUACAUUCUUAAACAAUGCAUACCUUUGCUCCAUCGACUACAUCUGGCAGUAUUCUACAUAAGUGGCACUUUUUAUCACCUGUCUAAAAGAAUCACAGGAAUCACGUAUCUGCAUUUUGGAGGACUGCAAAGAGAAGAUCAGAGUAUUCGAUCAAGUUACAAGUUUCUUGGAAUAAUUUCACUCUUCCAUCUUCUUCUAACAAUUGGUGUUCAGAUGUACAGCUUCAAACAGAAGCAGAGAGCAAGGCAGGAAUGGAAACUACACCGCAACCUAGCUCAUCAGAAAAAUAUGACCAAGGAAAAAACUACUGGGCGCCACUCCCGCUGCACUUUGUGCUUGGAAGAACGGAGACAUACAACAGCCACACCUUGUGGCCACCUCUUCUGCUGGGAAUGCAUCACGGAGUGGUGUAACACCAGAACAGAAUGUCCACUGUGCAGAGAGAAGUUUCAUCCUCAGAAACUGAUCUACCUACGUCACUAUCAACUGUAAAGGAAAAACCUAUUCUGUUUCGUUUCAUGACAAGGGCCUUUAUAAAGUUGUCAUACAGCUUAAGUUAGUCCAAGAAGAAGACUUUAUUAUAAAACUGGUAACUGCCUGUGCAAGGUGGCAUUUCAUUCCUCUUUUACAGAAUAAAUCUACUUCUGCCUCUACCCUUCUGUUUCUUCUAACAUGGUUCUCGGCCGUAUUAAAAAUAUGUCUUUCUAAAAAGUGCUUAACACAAAUGUAGUAGUUUUCUUCACUGUGGACAAUGAAAAAUUUAAAUCAGAUUCUCAAUUUCUAAAUGUAAGUGUAGAUAACGAGUCUUCCAACCUUUCAUAGCAUGCUUAAGGUAUUAGUAAAACUCUACAAUUUGUAAGACUCCAUUUCUCCUGUAACUUAAUAAUGAAUCCACGCUGUAGACUUCAGGGGAAAAGGACAAAAACUGUACACAAAUCCUUAGUUUUAACUGCAGUGGAAGUUCCAAUGAUAAAUGUAUGUCAUGUACCAUUCUGUUUUCAUAACAAGGUUAACAAUAUAGCAGGUUUCCUUGAUUUGACAAACGGUGAAUUUCCCUUAGAUCAACAGAAGCAACAAAUGCAAACCCAAUAGUAAUGCCGACUACUUUGUGCAUUGAUCAAUUUAACAUUCAGCUUCCAAACUCAAAGCUCUUCUAUUGCUAUUAGUAUCAAGACUUUUUCAUCAAGUAUUCUAGACAUUGAGAUUAUAGCAAUGUAACAAGUGUUGUUUCAAAAAAGCCCUAGUAUGUAUACUAAUAAAACUAAGGUCAACUAUAAAACAUUAGUUUUGCAACACAGCUUAAGUUUGUCUAUGUGGUGUUUUCUACAGUCUAACACAGAUAGGGAAGAAGCUGACUUCAGCCACAAGACCCCCUCCGCUCUUUAUGGCAAUAAGGGCUAUUUCAGCUAAAGGAGGAGGGAUUCUGCACCAUCACCUCAUCAAGAUUUAUUCCCGUAAAUUAUUAUAAGUUCAAUCAUACAAGUAUUCGGAGAAGCAGGGAAAAAGAAGAUUGUUAGUUGUUAACAUAUCUUGUCAUUCUUGCAUGACAGAAAAUGUACAAGAUUAAUUUAUUUGUAUUCUUUAAAUACAGAUGGGGAGAAAAAGCCAGAUGAUCCACUCAGUGGAUCGUGAGUUACAGUUUCAAUAAAUCUUUCACAAAUGGUACUGAGUAACAGACUUGGGAUGGCAGGGGGAGGUGUGCUACAGUAAGAGCACUUCUUUUAAGAUGGUUAUUUGUACUGCAGAGAUCCUGGUUAGCUAGUUAACAAUUAAAUCUCCAGUGUUAUCAUAAAAACCCCAAUAGAAUUAGUUUAACUUUUCGUCAUAUCUAUAAACGAAAAAAAAUAGGUUCUGGUAACUAUGCGAACACCUCUUCAUUACUGUACAAAAGUGAUUUUCAGAGCUGCAAUAAUCAUCCCUUUCUUACCCCAGAAAAAUUUCAGGCAUCCCUCACCUAUUUAAAACUGUCAAGGCAACAGUAGAAGAAAAGUGGUCCGUAUCACGAAGCAAAACAUGACUACCUAAGGAAAUCACUGCCUGAUCUUCCUAAGAAAACAGUAAGGAAAAACAUUUAGUUGCACAUAAAAACAAAUAGGACGCAAUCAAUGACUGAAAAGUGUCUGUGAAGCUGUCAAGCCAAGUUUUUCAUGCUUUCUCUAAGGGUAAUUUCUUUUUAGCACUUAUGUGAUAAAAAUAGAGCAAAGUUUAACAAAAUGCCGUCAAACUUGUCUGGCUGUUGCAUGCUGAGAGUCAGCUAGAGAACUAUACCAUUGUCCAAACAUCAUCUACUAAGAAUGAGAAGGCAUUUAUCUCAAGCUGCCACUGAAGCUCAAAAUUAAGUGGAGGUAAAAAUGUCUAACUUGCAAUGGAUAUCAUUAACACUCUGUUGUUUAGUAGGAGUCAUCCCAGUUGCUAAUUUUAAUAUUAGUAAAUAUCAUCUUUUUCUCCCUGAUUUGCCCAUAUUAUUUAGAAGCUCCAGCAAACCUGAAGACAGCUUCUCCAAGUCAGGGCUUUCAGAUUUUUAAGCAACGAACUGCAAGUAUCCAUGACUGGUGUUUUUAUAAGGCCCUUUUUGGUUACUCUAUUUCCAUAAUUUUAAAUUUUGGCAUUACUAGUUUCCACACUGCUAAUAAAACAAACACACACAAACAAACAAAAAACAGGUCAAUGUGAACUAAAACUACCUGUCAUUUUCCCAGGAUUACUGAAGGCUGAAUUCCAGAGCUCCAUAAUGACUUCAUUUGACAAAAUCAGAUUAAAGGGUUCCUACAUAAUUUUUUUUCAAUUAGGUUUCUGUUGAAGUUGCCACUAUUCUCCAUUCAGAAUCUUCAAAGAGCUAAUCUUUUCCUAUUUUCUGCAAGUGAAUGCUCCCUGAAGAGU